AUGUUCGCGCCUGAGCCGAGAAGAGCUGGGGGCCGACGAGGUGGUGGUGGUGGCAUGCGAAAUGGCAGGGGAGGAGACAGAUCGUCGAUUAAUCCGGUCAUCGUGCUCUGCGGGAACGGGAACGGAGGCGAGGGAGGAGGCAGUGGAUGCGAGUUCUAUUAUGACGACGACGCCGAAUCUAGAUUGAGACCGUUGCUGCCAAGCAUGCGUUGUGAAGACGACAGGGAUCUUGUGCUUGAGGGCGUGAAGGACGAGCUUGAUGUAGGCGUUCUAAGCCAUCUCGAACUCGAGCUCCCCAGCGCGGCGCCGACCAUCUUCAACAGCUCCUGCAUUUGCUGGGAUUUGAUUCGGCUCCUAUACUUCAAGCUCUUAGGCGAGUCGUACGGGAGCGAUUGA